AUGUCCUUAGACGCGAUUAGAAACAAUGUUCUUUCGAAUUCUGGUGAGGAACGCGUCAAAGUCAACCAAAGACUAUUGAUCGACAAGAUUUUGGCUCGAUACUCUUCUGAAUACGUAAUCUAUCGUGAAUUAAUGCAAAAUUCCGAUGAUGCAAAGUCUUCAAGUAUACAAAUUAGAUUUGAAACGGCAAAUCCAGACACGGAUAAAAAUAUAUUAGAAGAUAAAAUUAUACGAAUUCUUUUCAAAAACAAUGGUUACGAUUUCAGACCUCAAGAUUGGAAUCGAUUAAAGAGAAUUGCCGAAGGAAACCCUGAUGAGCAUAAAAUAGGAGCUUUUGGCGUAGGAUUUUAUUCGUUGUUUUCAGUUUGUGAAAACCCAUUUGUUAUUUCGGGUGGACAAGGAAUGGCCUUUUAUUGGCGUAAAGAUCAAUUAUUUACCAAACUGGGAUCAACUGGCGAUAAAGAUCAGGCUUGGACAACAUUUUUAAUGGAUAUGAGAGAACCUACAGAUUUUCCAAAUGUUGAAAAUUUUACACGGUUCUUGGCUAAUUCAUUG